AUGGCUUUCGCUGAUACUAUGCAUGGGUGCCGUGAGAAUUGGGCUCAGAAGCACUUUGAGAAGCAAUCUCACUCUGUGCGGUGUACCGUCUGCCAAAAGGCGUUCGGCAGUGGCAUGGCAGUCAUACAGCAUUAUCAAAAGCACGUCAAAGCUCGGGAAGCUCCAACCAAUACGAAAAAGCCCAUUCAGGAGAGAAAGGCUUGUAACCAGUAUUCAGCAGGUCCGAAAAUAACAUCGCCAUCACCCCUCGGAAAUGGCCAAAUGUACUUUCAAGAAACUCUACCGACAGCUGUCGGGAAUAUAAUGCAUUUCGGAGAGGAGCGUGAUCCGAUCAACUUGCCCUUUCAAUUGCCUUUGAUCGCACCUGGUGUAACUGAUGCUAAU